UAGACAGAAAAAAACAAAUGCUCUUAAUGGAGUGAUCCUUACAAUAGCCAUGUCCUUCCACUCGCUUCUAGAAGGUUUAGCCUUAGGAGUUCAACAAGGCUAUAACGAAAUCCUCUCCUUGUUUGUGUCACUGAUUCUUCAUAAAGGUAUUGAAGCGUUUAGCGUCGGACUACAAGUUUGUCGUUUAAACCCGCAGCGUUUGCCAAUCGUUGCUGCGGAUUUUAAUCAGGUGGCCAAAAGCGGUACAAUUGUUGUUAUCGAAGCCAUCGCGGUAGGAACUUUUGUGUACGUCACCUUCCUUGAGUUUCACGUUCCCGAAGUCUUACCAAUACUCGCUUACUUACUGCUGUCCAUUAACUCACAGUACAGAAAAUUAUUCCAAAAGUUCAUUUACGACAGAAAAAAAUAUAUAAAAUGGGGCCAGUUAGGUUGCAAAAUAAUUACCGAAAAACUCAUUCAGGGUUUUUGAAA